GAUUUUGGCAGAGAAAAAACCACUUCCUGAAGUUCUGCUUUGACAACUCUCAAGUUUUCAACCUUGAGCUCCUGGAAUGGCUUUCACCUUGCUAUAGAAUCAGCAUACGUCAUUGUUGUCAAAGCUCAAAACCCCUUUUCCCCUCAGAGUCCAAAGCCAACAUCCCACAAGUCUCAAGGUAAGGCAUUUCUUGAAUAAGCAUAUUUCUUGUUCUGUGUCCAUUGCUUUACUGCAUAAAGCCCAGAUACCAUUAGCCAUGAACCAACUACAGAAACUGAGAACUCCAUUAAUUCUCAAAUGGGUUUCUUUUAAUUUUGUUUUUAACCAUUCUAAAUCUUCAAAAUCGAUUCUUUGGGCAAGUGGGUCGUUCCACAUUGCUGAAAAGGUUAGGUUUUAUGCAACAAAAAAGUCUGCUAAAUCUAAAUUAGAAGAAGAAUGUCAUAUACCUCGUGCAGUGAGGAAAGAAGCACAAGCUGCUUUGUUAGAGUACUUGCAUUCUACUAGAAGUUUGCAGUUUAUGGAUGCUGAACACAUGAGUAAAAACUCACCCUUUUUCCUUUCCAAGUUGUUAAAAAGAGUGGAUAGUGAUACUGAUAUUCGUCAUUCUUUAACUCGAUUCUUGCGAUACCAUCCAAUCAAUGAAUUUGAACCAUUCUUUGAGAGCAUUGGUCUGAGACCUUCGCAGUACUUGGCAUUCCUUCCCAGAGAUUUGAUGUUCUUGAAUGAUGACCAGAGGUUGCUGGAUAGCUAUCACGUCUUGUGUAAUUAUGGUAUUUCGCGAAAUAAGAUAGGAAGGAUUUUUGCUGAAGCUCCAGAAGUUUUUAGAUAUGAUCCUCGAGCUCUGGACUCGAAACUUCGUUCUUUUCAUGGGGUUGGGCUAGAUCAGUCUGCUGUAGUUAAGCUUGUUAGUGCAAGUCCUCAUCUUUUGAUUGGGAGUGUACACAAUGAAUUUUUUGAAGUUGUUGAGAAAUUGAAGGGAGCGGGAGUUGAAUACAGUUGGAUUGAGGAGCAGUUGAAUGGAAAUUUUUUCAAUUGGAGCCAGUUAAUCGAGCUCAUGUGUUUCUUGAACAGGUUGGGGUUAGAUGAUGAAGAAUUAGGAAAACUAAUUAUUCAAAUUCCUGAUCUCCUGUUUGAUUGUUCCGGACGUACUACAUUUUCGCUAAUUGGAUUCUUGUUGAAAUUUGGUUUUCAGAAGCCUGAAUUACUUGAUGUAUUUCUACACUUCCCACAAAUUCCAGUAACGAAAUUUGUAUUCAAUAUGCGGCAAUGCUACCAGUUCUUGAUUGAAAUCGAGAUGCCUGUGCUAGAGAUAGGAAGUAUUGUUCAUUCUCACCCUACAUUGCUAGGGUCGUGUGUUUUGAAGAAAGCUACCAGCCUGUUGACAUUCCUGAAUACCGGGAAGAAGCGGCUUUGUAGUGUAAUCAAGGAGAAUCCAGAAUUUUUGAGGAGUUUGGUUCGUGGAGCCAAAGUUGAACGAUUACCAAUAGUUGAUGAGGAACUAAGAUCCAAAAUGAUGAAAACUAAGUUCCUUUUGGAUUUGGGUUUUGCUGAGAACUCGAGCGAGAUGGAGAAAGCUCUCAAAGUAUUUCGAGGAAAAGGGGUGGAGCUCCAAGAGAGGUUUGAUUGUUUGGUAAAUGCUGGUUUGGAUACAAAGCAUGUUGCGGCAGUGCUGAAAAUAUAUCCGCAAAUACUCAACCAAAGGAAAGAGGUACUUGAGGCAAAGAUUGAUUUCCUUGUGAAUAAAUUGGGUUAUCCGCUGUCUACUUUAGUUUCGUUUCCAUCUUACCUCAACUACACAAUUCCAAGAAUCAGACUUAGGCUUUCAAUGUAUAAUUGGCUCAGAGAUGAAGGAAUAGUGGAUGCAAAGUUGGCUUUGAGCACGAUCAUAGCUUCCUCAGAGAAAUUAUUCAUGAAGGCAUAUGUAAACCCUCAUCCUAAAGGCCUUCAAGUUUGGCAAGAUCUGAAAAAAGAGAUAUAUCGUGAUUAAGUGAUAAUAUCUUGAGUCGUUCUAUCUGGCUACAUUGGCAAGGGAAAGGUUGAAGCUUGAAGUCUAUUUAAAGUAGCAGUCUACUGCUUAAGUUAAGAUGAGUACCAUUUCUAAAUGUGUUUAAACGAAAAGGAGCAGGCAGCCAGGUACAUUUUAGAUCAAGGUAUUAAGCUAUAUGACAUGCAAUGCAAAGCCCCGCAGCCUACUUUGCAUUCAUGCUGUGCACAUUGAUCAAUUCAGGAAGAGCUGUUAAGAAAUUCGCAAUCUUUGUGGUUUGAUUGCAAUAAUGGAAAGAAGGAAGAAAAGAAAAGAAAACGGAACCAGGAGUUCUAAAAGCAGCGCAGAAUCACUUUAACAAGUAAACAGCACGACAAGAAAUCUUUAAGGUCUUAUGGAAUCACAAGAUUCUGCACAAUUGUCUAUUGAACUUCAAGAAAACGAGCAAGCUCAGUAAGGCUGAAUGAGCUUUCCUAUGCAUUCCAGCUAUGAAUUUGUUAGGGUCAAUGCUCUCAAGUAUCUCAGCAAAAACUCAGUUUUGUUCUGCUAUAUGUAAACUAGGUUUUUCUGGUUUCUUUUGCCAACUUAUACAACCAUAGAAAAUCUACUUUUAAAAUUUAUUUAUAGAGUAGUGAUUCUCGUGUAUGAGAACCACCAUUCACGCAAUAUUCUCCUCACUAAAAAGAGCGAUUGAGAAUUCUUAUUCCUCAUUCACUUUCAGUGCUCAACAUUCCUGGUAUGAAUGUGCCAAUGUGAAAUACACUGACAAGUACAAGGAGGGAUUGUUUCCUCAAAAUGCAGGUUUCAGCUUCCCCUGCAUUAAUGAUAGUUUCAAUUUUAUUGAUGCAAACCUUUUUGAAUGUAUUUGGUACGAUAGAAGUCAUUUUUCUAAAAUGUUUUCCGGUGUUUAGUUGGAGAGUGAAAAAUAUUUUCAAAUCCGGAUAGUGUUUGAGUACUAAAGGUUGAUAAUAAUGUCCUAAGAACCAGCGUAUUUGCUGAGAUGCUUGAGAGCAUUGACCCUAACAAAUGAGGGAUAAGUGAUUGCUCUGUUCUUACUGUGGUAACUGGUAAUCAAUGUAUGAGGUGAUAGAAAUUUGGUAAAAUUGGACAAACUAUUAAAAAACGGCAGUGUUCUUUCGAUCACGUGUGCCUUAUAUCCUUAUCUUCAUAUUGACCUCUGA